AUGGUUGGUCAACAGUAUUCUAGUGCUCCUCUACGUACCGUCAAGGAAGUGCAAUUUGGUCUUUUUUCUCCAGAGGAAAUAUGUGCUAUCAGUGUGGCUAAAAUUAAAUUCCCAGAGACCAUGGAUGAGACUCAAACUAGAGCCAAAAUUGGCGGGCUAAAUGACCCAAGACUGGGAUCUAUCGACCGUAGUUUGAAAUGUCAGACCUGUCAGGAAGGUAUGAACGAAUGUCCUGGCCACUUUGGUCACAUUGAACUGGCAAAGCCAGUUUUUCACAUUGGUUUUAUAUCUAAGAUUAAGAAGGUCUGUGAAUGUGUUUGUAUGCACUGUGGUAAACUACUGUUAGAUGAACAUAAUGAACAGAUGCGUCAAGCAAUAAAGAUUAAAGAUUCUAAGAAAAGAUUUAAUGCUGUGUGGAGUCUGUGUAAAGCUAAGAUGAUUUGUGAUACCGAUGUACCUUCAGAUGAAGAUCCAACUCAGUUAAUCUCAAGAGGUGGUUGCGGUAAUGCGCAACCAACAAUUAGAAGGGAUGGGUUGAAGCUUGUGGGUAGCUGGAAAAAGGAUAAAAAUAGUGGUGAUAAUGAAGAACCUGAACAAAGAGUUUUAAAUAUGGAGGAAAUUCUUAAUAUCUUCAAACAUAUUUCUCCCGAGGAUUCCUGGAAGUUAGGUUUCAAUGAGGAGUUCGCUAGGCCAGAAUGGAUGAUUCUAACAGUUUUACCGGUUCCACCACCACCUGUACGUCCAUCCAUUUCUUUUAACGAAUCUCAAAGAGGUGAAGAUGACUUGACCUUCAAGCUAGCGGAUAUUUUGAAGGCAAAUAUAAGUUUAGAAACUUUAGAACAUAACGGUGCUCCUCAUCACACUAUAGAAGAAGCUGAAAGUUUACUUCAAUUCCAUGUGGCUACCUAUAUGGAUAACGAUAUCGCAGGUCAACCACAAGCUUUACAGAAAUCCGGACGUCCUGUUAAAUCUAUACGUGCCAGAUUGAAGGGUAAGGAAGGUCGUAUCAGAGGUAACUUAAUGGGUAAGCGUGUAGAUUUCUCUGCAAGAACUGUGAUUUCUGGUGACCCAAACUUAGAUUUGGAUCAAGUGGGUGUUCCAAAGUCGAUUGCGAAGACCUUGACGUACCCUGAAGUCGUCACGCCUUAUAAUAUCGAUCGUCUGACAAUGCUUGUACGUAACGGUCCUAACGAACAUCCAGGUGCCAAAUAUGUGAUCCGUGACAAUGGUGAUCGUAUUGAUCUAAGGUACAGUAAGAGAGCGGGUGACAUCCAGUUACAAUACGGUUGGAAGGUGGAGCGUCAUGUUAUUGAUAAUGAUCCAGUUUUGUUCAACCGUCAACCUUCUCUUCACAAAAUGUCAAUGAUGGCCCACAAGGUUAAAGUGAUGCCGUAUUCGACAUUCAGAUUAAACUUGUCUGUCACUUCUCCAUACAAUGCCGAUUUUGAUGGUGAUGAAAUGAACUUACACGUUCCACAAUCUGAAGAAACAAGGGCCGAGCUUUCGCAGUUGUGUGCAGUGCCCCAGCAGAUUGUAUCUCCUCAAUCAAAUAAACCUUGUAUGGGUGUUGUGCAAGAUACUCUAUGUGGUAUUCGUAAAUUGACGUUAAGAGACAACUUCAUCGAGUUGGGCCAAGUAUUAAAUAUGCUUUAUUGGGUUCCAGAUUGGGAUGGUGUGAUCCCUACUCCAGCAAUUUUAAAGCCUAAACCACUAUGGACAGGUAAGCAAUUAUUGUCUGUGGCUAUUCCUAAAGGUAUCCACUUGCAGCGAUUCGAUGAAGGUACUACGCUGUUGUCCCCCAAGGACAACGGUAUGCUGGUCAUUGAUGGUCAGAUCAUCUUUGGUGUCGUGGACAAGAAAACCGUUGGUUCUUCAAGUGGUGGUCUAAUCCACGUCGUGACCAGAGAAAAGGGUCCUCAAGUGUGUGCCACUUUAUUUAGUAACAUUCAAAAAGUCGUCAACUACUGGUUCCUGCAUUGUGGUUUUUCUACUGGUAUUGGUGAUACCAUUGCUGAUGGACAGACCAUGAGGCAAAUUACUGAAGCUAUCGCGGAAGCCAAGGUAAAGGUGGAGGAUGUUACCAAGGAGGCUCAAGCAAACUUGCUUACUGCCAAACACGGUAUGACUCUUCGUGAAUCGUUUGAAGAUAAUGUGGUGCGUUAUCUGAACGAGGCAAGAGAUAAAGCCGGUCGUCUGGCAGAAGUCAACUUGAAUGAUACGAAUUUUGUGAAACAGAUGGUAAGUGCGGGUUCAAAGGGUUCUUUCAUUAACAUUGCACAGAUGUCUGCAUGUGUGGGACAACAGUCUGUUGAAGGUAAGCGUAUUGCCUUCGGUUUUGUUGACCGUACUCUACCCCAUUUUUCAAAGGACGAUUAUUCACCUGAAUCUAAAGGUUUUGUUGAAAACUCUUAUUUAAGAGGUCUAACCCCUCAAGAGUUCUUUUUCCAUGCUAUGGGUGGUCGUGAAGGUUUGAUUGAUACUGCCGUGAAGACAGCCGAAACGGGUUAUAUUCAACGUCGUUUGGUCAAGGCUCUGGAGGAUAUUAUGGUUCAUUACGAUGGUACCACCAGAAACUCAUUGGGUAAUAUCAUUCAAUUCAUCUACGGUGAAGACGGUAUGGAUGCAGCUCACAUAGAAAAGCAAGCCGUGGAGACUAUUGGUGGUUCUGAUAGGAACUUUGAGAGGAGAUACAGAAUAGAUCUUCUCAACCCAGAUUACUCUCUGGAUCCAUCUUUGCUAGAAUCUGGUUCUGAAAUUAUUGGUGACUUGAAAUUACAGUCAUUGUUGGAUGAAGAAUACAAGCAGCUAGUAGAGGACCGUAAGUUUUUGAGACGUAUCUUCGUAGACGGUGAAGUCAACUGGCCUCUUCCUGUGAAUAUCAGACGUAUCAUACAAAAUGCCCAACAGACAUUCAGAAUUGACCGUUCUAAACCAUCAGAUGUGACAAUUAGAGAUGUUGUCUGGGGUGUCAAAGAACUGCAAGAAAGACUGCUUGUUGUAAGGGGUAACAGUAGGAUCAUCAAGGAAGCUCAAGAAGAUGCUAUUACAUUAUUCUGUUGUUUGAUGCGUUCUCGUCUUGCCUCACGUAGGGUGAUUCAGGAAUACAGAUUAACCAAGCAGGCAUUUGAAUGGGUUUUGAACAAUAUUGAAGUUCAGUUCCUACGUUCGGUUGUUCACCCAGGUGAAAUGGUCGGGGUGCUGGCAGCUCAAUCCAUCGGUGAACCUGCCACUCAAAUGACUUUAAACACUUUCCACUUUGCCGGUGUUGCCUCCAAGAAGGUCACUUCUGGUGUGCCUCGUUUAAAGGAAAUUUUGAACGUUGCAAAAAACAUGAAGACUCCAUCAUUAACAGCCUAUUUAGAACCGGACUAUGCUGCUGACCAAGAAAAAGCUAAAUUGAUCAGAUCAGUUAUUGAACACACAACUUUGAAGAGUGUCACAGUUGCUUCGGAAAUUUACUAUGAUCCUGAUCCACGUUCAACUGCAAUUCCUGAAGAUGAGGAAAUUAUUCAAUUGCAUUUCUCCCUGCUCGAUGAUGAGACUGAAAAGUCCUUGGCUCAACAAUCUCCAUGGCUAUUACGUCUUGAACUAGAUCGUGCAGCUAUGAACGAUAAAGAUUUGACCAUGGGUCAAGUGGGUGAAAAGAUCAAGGAAACCUUUAAGAAUGAUCUUUUCGUCAUUUGGUCUGAAGAUAACGCUGAGCAAUUGAUCAUCCGUUGUCGUGUGGUUCGUCCUAAGUCUAUGGACUUGGAGACAGAGGCCGAGGAAGAUCAUAUGUUGAAGAAAAUCGAAAAUACGAUGUUGGAAAACAUUACUUUACGUGGUGUUGAAAACAUUGAACGUGUUGUUAUGAUGAAAUACGAUAGGAAGGUACCAAGUGAGACCGGUGAAUAUCAGAAGAUUCCUGAAUGGGUUCUGGAAACUGAUGGUGUUAACUUAUCUGAAGUUAUGACUGUACCUGGUGUCGAUGCCAGCAGAAUUUAUACCAACUCAUUCAUCGAUAUCAUGGAAGUUCUCGGAAUUGAGGCAGGUCGUGCCGCAUUGUACAAAGAAGUUUUCAAUGUUAUUGCUUCUGACGGUUCUUAUGUUAACUACAGACAUAUGGCUCUUUUGGUCGAUGUCAUGACCACUCAAGGUGGACUAACAUCUGUGACUCGUCACGGUUUCAACAGAUCUAACACUGGUGCAUUAAUGAGAUGCUCUUUCGAAGAAACUGUGGAAAUUUUGUUCGAGGCUGGUGCUUCUGCAGAAUUGGAUGACUGUCGCGGUGUUUCUGAAAACGUUAUUUUGGGACAAAUGGCUCCAAUUGGUACUGGUGCGUUCGAUGUCAUGAUUGAUGAAGAAUCUUUGGUUAAAUACAUGCCAGAACAGAAGAUUACAGAGCUAGUGGACGGACAAGACGGCGGUGCCACUCCUUACAGCAAUGAAAACGGCUUGAUCAACACCGAAGUUGACGUGAAGGACGAGUUGAUGUUUUCUCCAUUGGUGGACUCCGGUUCUACGGAUGCAAUGGCUGGUGGGUUCACGGCAUACGGCGGCGGAUCUGCUUCAUUUGGCUCUUACGGUGAUGCACCAAUCUCUCCUGGUUUUGGCGGUGUAUCCUCACCCGGAUUUUCACCUUCUUCUCCAACCUAUUCGCCAACAUCACCAUCAUAUUCACCAACAUCACCAUCAUACUCUCCUCCUUCACCAAACUACAGUCCAACUUCGCCAAGUUAUUCACCAACUUCGCCAAGUUACUCCCCAACUUCACCAUCGUACUCACCAACCUCGCCAAGCUACAGUCCAACUUCGCCAAGUUAUUCCCCAACUUCGCCAAGUUACUCCCCAACUUCUCCAAGUUACUCCCCAACUUCACCAAGCUAUAGCCCAACAUCACCAAGUUAUAGCCCAACAUCUCCAUCAUAUUCACCAACCUCGCCAUCAUACUCUCCUACAUCACCAAGCUAUAGUCCAACAUCACCAAGCUAUAGUCCAACAUCACCAUCAUACUCACCAACAUCACCGAACUAUAGUCCUACGUCACCAAGCUAUAGUCCAACAUCACCAAGCUAUAGCCCAACUUCACCAUCGUAUUCACCAACAUCACCAAGCUAUAGCCCAACAUCACCAAGCUAUAGUCCAACAUCACCAAGCUACUCACCAACAUCACCAAACUAUAGCCCAGGUUCCCCAACUUAUUCACCAAGCUCACCAAAGCAAGAUGAUAGAGAAAAAGAUGGAAACCACUCUUAA